AUGGAGAGGUGGCUAACGUGGGCUGGUGCGGCGGAGCUGAGGAAGGUGACGGGAACGACGAACCGCUGGGCCCUAGUUGGCAGUGCUAUCGCGGGCAUCGUAAUGUGGGUAGUGACCACCCCGCUGAGGAACGUCUCGUGGGCGUUCUUAGAUAGCGCCGUUGAAAGUGGGCUGGCUGUCUACUUCUUCGCUUACACCUGUGGUGAUAGGUACCUGGAAGCCGCGAGGAACGCUAACACGUUGGCUCUUCCUCCGCUCGAAUAUGCGUGCGCCUUAGUUUCGCUGGCGUUCCUGAUUCCUAUCGCCGUACUGCAAGAUUACGAGUCGCGAUUUGGGAUAACGGGAAGGCUGUGCCUAAGAUGGUGCGAGGCGUUCCACCACUCUUGCUGUUUGUUCGUGCCUGACGCGGUCCAACUCCUCUGGGGAUCGACUUGCAGAUACGUCAGAGCGACAGCGGAAGCUAUGGUAGCGAUGGUCGAAAGGGCGGGUGACUUCCUGAUGGGUGUCUACUUGGCGGUCUCACUACUAUCGUCCCUGAUGAUAUAUUUACCACGGUUGGUGUAUGAGAGCGUUGAAGGCGUGCUGGGAGGACCGAUCGGCAUGAUUUUGGCGGUGUUCGUGGUUGACGUCUAUUUCGAGGUCGCGAUGGAGAGUUAUUAUUGGAGCGUGGCGGUUCUAGCGAUGGGGUCCUAUAGCCAUGGGCUACAUUACUACUGGGCGUGCCGCCCCAACAGGACGACAGGGCUGAGGUCCAACGCGAAGCGGGAGUGGGACGGACUCGCAGGGCGUAAGGAACGCCACGAGGAAAGGGAACGUGCUAAUCUGGCACGUCUGCGUGGGGUGCAGAUAGAAGGAACGCCGACGAGGACUCGAGUUGCGAGCGCGAUUUCGGCUGGAACGCCGACGGAGACUCGAGCUGCGGGCGUGACUCCGGAUGGAACGCCGACGGAUGGCGUUCCUGACGUGGCUGCUGAUAAGACCGUGCGGCCGUCGUUAGGCGGAGCGGCUCGGCGGGGACGCCGAGGGUCGGUCGGGGAGAAUUGUCACGGUCUACAGCUAGCUGGGGGUCUCGCCAUUCUCGCGGACUGUAUUCAGAAGGUCUGCUCGCUACAAGGACCACGAGCUACAUCACACGAACAGGGGUAUAGGGAGCAGACGGCCGCGUUCCACGUCUAG